AUGGAAGAGCUAGAGCAUCACAAUCAUAGUGACAGUGAAGAGUCAUUUGCAAAACAACAACUGGGACCACUUGCUCACGGUGUGGAAAGUAAGCUGUUAGGUCUUCCAUGGAACAAGAGAGAAGACACCUUAUCUGUUACUCACCUUAUCUGUUACUUUCCCUAGUAAAUCAAGUGACAUGACAAAGCGUGGGAUCUUGUCAGCAUUAGCGAAUGUGUAUGAUCCGUUGGGGUUUAGUAUCGCCAACCAUGUUAGAAGGCAAGUUGGCCUACCGUGAAGCUUGGAAGCAAAGCACUGCAUGGGAUGCUACCUUGCCAACUGAAGUUACAGAGCUUUGGAUGAAGUUCAAAAGUAAGCCGCCAAAUUCCGUUUCAACGCAACGAUCCCUUGCUACAUUCCAAGAGCCACUAGACGAAGUAAAAAUCCACAUGUUUGGUGAUGCUAGUGGAAAGGGAGUCAGUGCCUCAGUGUAUGCAGUGGUUUCACAAAGAUCUGGUACAAUGCAAGGUUUUUGACAGCCAAGUCUUGUGUUGUGAAACAGGGACUCACUAUUCCACGCCUUGAACUCAUUGUGGGUCAUAUGGUUGUGAAUCUUGCUGUAAACGUAUGUUGUUCCUUAGCUGGCCUUCCUAUCGACCCCAUGAUCCACUGCUGGUUGGACAGUACAGUGGCGUUACAUUGGAUAAAUAAUCAAGGUGAUUAUCGACAAUUUGUCGCGAAUUGUGUUAGCAAGAUACGGAAUCAUCCUGAUGUUACAGAUGUCUACGGAAGGAAGAGCUUGCUGAAAUUAUUAUUGCUUACGAAGAGCAUUGAAGGAGGGUAACCAUAACUAAUUCAUUAAUUACAGCUUGUUCUCAUUCGUUUGUGUACUGAUAUUUAAAUAAUUGUGAAGCUGUUUAUUUUAAAAUAUUGUCACCCUCGUAUCUUUCAAUUAUUUUUUAGAUUCAUCAUGAUGGUAAUGGUGGCGGUGAUAUUGUUGGCGCUCCUGGUCAUUAUGAUGGUGGUCGUGCUGCUGGUCUUCGUUGUGUUUGUCGUGCUUGUCUCCCACAUAUUGUCGUUGAUGCUGCCGGGCUUGGCAGAUACAUUCUGGACGUUUUUGGACGUCGUGAUGUUAAUGAUGGUGGUGGCGGUAAUGAUGAUGCAUUGCAUCUGUCGACCAUUCGUUGAUAAAUCGACUAUUUGCACCAUUUUUACGGCUUUAGCAAGUGCCCUUGGACAAGUCAGAUUAUAUUGGUGUCAUUAUAGCUUAAAGGAUUAUAAUAGACUAGAUGAUCUGGAAAGUGUUUACAAUCCGUCUUAUAUUUAAACCAUCCUUUUAUAAUCCUUGCUCUUUUUGUCUGAUUCUUAUCAGAAAUCUACCAAACCAGGAAAUUUUAUCACUAUUUGUUGCAUUUGAAAAUGUAAACUAAAUCUAAACAAUAAUGCCUGACCCUGACACUAAUCCUUUAAGGUGGCUGAAGACAGUUCUUUGAAACUGUAUCCAGCCACUGAAGUGAUUAAAUAACUAGAUAUAGCUACAACCCUGGACCUGUUAAAGUCAAACCGCUAUGAUUAGAAAAAAACAUUUCGAUUCUCAGAAAGUAGCAGAAUGUUGACAAAAGGUGAACUGGCCCACAUCAUUUUGUCCUAUGAGGAAGAAGCCCAGAGGGUAAGGAUAAUGAAUUCAUUAUUUAAAGCACAUUCUUAUUCUGUUGUGUACUGAGAACUUAGACAUUUAAAUAACUGUGAAGAUAUUCAUUAAAAUCCAGUUGUUAAAAUCUUACCAAUUAAAGCUUGACGGAAUAACGAAAAAGAGUAUGAGUAAAAGCACAUAACUUAAUAUUAAUUGAGUUUCUUUAUUAGGUGCUAAUUUGUAGUUUUCAAUUAUUUUAGGUUUAUCGUGACGGUGGUGAAAAUAAUGAUGGUAAUGAAACCAUUCUUAAAAAAGAAGUGAUUUGUGGAUGAAGUACAACUGAUUUCUUUUGAAUUUUUAUCAUGAAUUAUUAAUGAGUUUCACAAAGUAUGAAAUGUCUACAUGUUUUUCUUGCACUAGAACUAAAGAUGGAACUUCAAGUCACACAAACACCGCCAUUGCACAGAGUGAUGCAGAUAUGUCAACAUCCUCUGUAGCGGAUAUUUCAGUCUUACAAGAGAUUUGUCCAAAUGCAAAUCCUCAUCAAAUAUUGAUUUCUUAAUGGCAAAAUAACGGGAAUUUUGACCUAACUGCACAAGAUAUCUUGGGCAUUCUCUCUGAACCAAUUGACAGUACAGUAGAAUAACAACGUUAUAAAGAUUUAUACUUUAAUUCAUAUAAAAAUGGAGUGUCUUAAACACUUUAUAAUAAGAAAAAUGUAGCAAGAAGUAUGGUAUCGGUAGUAGCAGUACAUAGCACAGGAGGCCCAGGCUCUAUUUGCCUGCGCCUGCUUGUGCCUUCCUUAUAACAAAAAACAUUAAGACCAAAAUAUUGAGACCAAAAUAGCCCAGACUUGGCAUAUGUCACACAAAACUAUACUUGCUUUUUCGCCUUUAGUGCAUUUCUUUCAAGAUUAAUCGAUAUCCCUUGCAAGAAUGAUACUGUAUAACUCUCGAUACAACGACGCUUUAAUCAAAGAGCUUAAAAUUUGCUCUAAAAUCCAUGAGGGAAUAACAAAAUUCAACUAAAAUAUAUCCACGUGCCAGGUUUGUUGUGCAAAAAGCGGAAGUUGUUGAACAACUCAAAAUACACUCAACCCUGAUUGGACAACGAAUAUCAACAAAAUUUCAAUUUUUUCUGCAGUGAGAGGGGGACAGUACCACAGAGACAUACAGAGACGUAACUGACCAUUGUAAACACUGCAUGACAUUAUGUUAUAAUGUACCCACUUUUUUCAGGUGAUUGGGCGAAAAAUGGUCAACUGCGCAUGUUCGGCAAGUUUAAAGGGAGUCGUCAUCAGGUUGUCAUCCAAUCAGAUGCAUGCAUCUAGUAACUUGCCGAGCAUGCGCACAAAAAAAAAGGAGUGGGUACACUAGUUAUGUCUCUGUAUGUAUCUACUCUGUGACAGUACUUUAAUAAAUUAUUUGAAUCAAAACAACUCACAUUUCGUAUUCUUCAGACAACUUUGACACUUUGAUUGUAAAUUGAAGAUUUAAAUAUGGAUGUAAGCAACAUUUUGGAAGUGGCUAUCUAAAAAUAAGUAUAAACAUCAUCCCAAGGUUAUCUUUAUUGGAUCAUCACAUAAUUUAAACAAUAAAGUCAAGGACAAUUAUGUUUUCCUUUUUUGGAUAAUUGCGGUAAAGUACUCACUCCAUGCAAGAUAAACUAGUGCCAAAAUCCAAGGUAUUUAACCCAUUGAGUUGCAUUGCACCCUGAUACACCCUACUUUAGUAUUUUACUCUGUCUAACGCCACACGAUUUUACUCGUCAAGGGGAGAGCGCUGGCGCUUAAUGGGUUAAUUAAUAAUAUCGCGCAGACAUCUUGCAACUUUUGAAUACUGCUUGCGUCUGUCGACCAUUCCUUGAUAAAUCAACUAUUCGAAAGUACUCGCACUAUUUUAUGGCUUUAGCAACUGCCCUUGGAAAAGUCAAAUUUUUGGUGUCACUAUAGCUUAAGGUGGCUCAAAACAGUUUUUUUUAAAAACUGGAUCAAGCCACCUAAAGUUAUUAAAUAGCUACUUAUAUAUGGUUAUAACCCUGGACCUGUUAAAAAGUCAAACCGCUAUAAUUAGAAGAAAAAACAUUUUGAUCUAGGAUUUUCAAUAAUUUUAUUAACAAUUAAUUUUGCAGUUGGAGAAAUAAACAGAUGUCUACAGAAGGAAGAGCUUGCUGAAAUUAUUAUUGCUUACAAAGAACAUUGAAGGAGGGUAAGGAUAACUAAUUCAUUAAUUACAGCUUGUUCUCAUUCGUUUGUGCACUGAUAGAUAUUUAAAUAAUUGUGAAGCUGUUUAUUUUAAAAUAUUGUCACCCUCGUAUCUUUCAAUUAUUUUUUAGAUUCAUGGUAAUGGUGGUGUUGAUGGUGGUGGAGGCAGUGGUGCCAGUGAUAUUGUUGGCACUCCUGGUCGUUAUGAUGGUGGUCGUGCUGCUGAUCCUCUUUGUCGUGUUUGUCCCCCUCGUAUUGUUGUUGAUGCUGCCGGUCUUGGCAGAAACAUUCUGGAUGUUUUUGGACGUUGUGAUGACGGUGGUGGUGGUGGUGAUGAUGCGUAUCCCUAA